ACGAGAUUCGUUUCGCUACAAUUACUAGGCAGCCCCUUAUUUGUUGAGUACCAACUCUUUAGAGCAGAGCUGGAUAGCGAACUUCCACAAGAUAGUAUUGAAUUGCAUAGCCCCAGACUCUCUAGCAAGUAUGGAUCUGAUUUCACGUUGGAAAAGUGCAUCGUAGUUCCCGUGACAAAAGUGUUAUCGCUGACGUCUGUCAUUAUGAGCUUCCCUCAUGACGUUUACCGGCUUAUUGAAGGAAUUUCGAAAGAGCGGCUGUUGGAGAUCGUGGCCAGCGAAAGAGGAUCUGAUGCGGGCCACAUUUUGAUUCGCAAGACUGAUUUUCUCAAAACUCUGCACGGCGAGGUUAUUCAUUGUGAGCCUGUUGACCAAGGUUUCUUAUCGUCAGACACCAACUUGGUGAUCGUGAAACAGGAAGGUCUCAAGCGUGGGGUAAACGGAAACGUCAAUGGGUCUCACCCUGAUCCUUCGGAGAUUCCUGUAUCUACGCCUGUGGACUUCUCAGUUUCCCACCUUGGUUUGGGAGAUCUAACAUUUGAUGACACCUCUAUAUUCAGUAACCUGACGCUUCAGCCUUUAGAGCUACAAAUUGGCUUCCUGAAGUACAGCAUGUUGAUGGAUUGCACACACAUUCUGGAAUCAUCACACGAAUUUGAUCAUGAGGAUGAUCAGCUUUUUGCCUGCGUAUGCUCUUCGGUGUUACAGAAACUUGGCUGUUUUAGUGGUGAUCUUGUACAGAUCCAAACCUGUGAUUGUGGAGCCGGCAUUGUGUGUGCGUGUGAUAAGAGCGCAAGGCGAAAGAUAACCAUAAGGGUUUUCUCACUGGCAGAUCCGAACGACUUUGAUCCGGAAAAACUGUAUCUUUCGCCUAUUUUUCUCAACAGUAUCGGCAACCCUCGCAUAGUCUUUGUUAAGAGACUUGCAAGUCAACGGCCAAAUGGUGACUUCGUAUGCGAAAAACUGGAAAAUCAUGUACCUGUGGCCAAAGAGGUGGUAAUUGCAAGAGUUGCAUCUCCAAUAACUCUUGACCGAACAAUGCAGCAUUUAUUUUUGUCAAACCUUAAGACAUACUUUGAAUCGAAACACCGGGUUAUUGUGAAAGACCAAUAUAUCCCUGUGCCAAUAGACACCGUGUUGGCAAAGUCCCUUUUCAGCACGUACAAUGCAUCUGGUGACGAGACUCAGCCGGAGAUCAUUCCGCAAGGAAUACCUAACGAACUUGCGUGGUUUAAAAUCACAGACGGAACCACUGAGACGGAUGAUGGCAAAAGCUUGGUAGCGGGAAAACAGUACAUUAUCGAUCCCGCCAAAACAAGAAUGAUUCAGUCCGGAGUGUGCUCAGACAAAGUGCCUUUGAGCGAUGGCAUAUCCUACAGCCAGUUGAGAGACUAUUUUGAGCUUCCUCGGCAGUUUGCUUAUCCUUGUUUGAGGAUUUCGAACGUGCUCACGUUUCCCUAUGCUAACCAGUUACGAAAGAUUGUCAGUGUUGCCUUUCGUAUCAGAGACAACAGCUACAGUAGAUCAAGGGUGCAAACUACAAUUCUACUCUCCAGUAUGGCAAGGUGUGUGGGAAAAGCAACACUUGUUAGACGCAUUGCCACGGAAUUUGGAGCAAAUCUUCUAGAGCUAGAUGCGUACGAUCUUCUCAACCAGGCAUCUGUUAGUAAGACCAUUGGGACGAUUAGGGGCAAGUCUGACAGGGUUGUCGAUAGUUGUUGCUCGGUGAUACUUUAUAUCCGGCACAUUGAAGCACUUGCAAAAAAGCCGGAUCCUAAUCAGCAACAGAAAGAUUCUAUGUCGCUAAGGCUUGCUGAAUUAAUUGACGAAUACACAUCCAAAGGCGCCAUCUUUAUUGGAUCUACCAAUGACGCUGAUGCCAUCUCGGAGCUGAUCAGGUCAAAGUUCAAAUUUGACAUCAGUAUUAAUGUCCCCACCGAACCAGAACGAAAAUUGAUUUUGACAGACCUGCUUGAUGAUAUGAAAACUAAGGACAAAACACCUGUGGUACUAAGACCAGACGUUUCCCUUGACACAUUGGCACUGCAAAGCGCAGGAUUGACUGCUAACGACUUAGUGUCUAUUGUGGACAACACAAUCACUAUUGCAAUCGAGCGGCUUGAAAGGCUUUCAGAGGAACAAAAAGUCAAUUGGGACCAGCUUCUGUCCUUCAAUGGUGGCCGUAUUAAACUUACACCCGAGGAUUUUGAGACAUCUAUUAACGAUGCCAGAAACAAAUUCAGCGACAUGAUCGGGGCUCCUAGAAUCCCGGACGUCAAAUGGGAAGACGUUGGAGGACUGGAUGUUGUAAAGGAUGAAAUUCUGGAUACGAUAGAGAUGCCGCUCAAACAUCCAGAAUUAUUCAGCAAAGGGAUGAAGAAAAGAAGCGGUAUUUUGUUCUACGGGCCUCCUGGGACAGGAAAAACUCUCUUGGCGAAAGCUAUUGCUACCAAUUUUGCCCUCAACUUCUUCUCUGUUAAAGGCCCAGAGCUUUUGAAUAUGUACAUUGGAGAAUCCGAAGCAAAUGUGCGGCGAGUGUUUCAAAAAGCUCGCGACGCGAAACCUUGUGUGAUUUUCUUCGACGAGCUGGAUUCUGUUGCCCCUAAGAGAGGAAAUCAGGGGGAUUCUGGAGGAGUGAUGGAUCGUAUCGUUUCCCAGCUCUUAGCAGAAUUAGAUGGCAUGAGUGGAGCCGAAGGAGGAGACGGUGUAUUUGUCGUUGGUGCCACUAAUCGGCCAGAUUUGCUGGACGAAGCCCUUUUGCGCCCAGGAAGGUUUGAUAAAAUGCUCUAUUUGGGUAUUGCCGACACUCAUGAAAAGCAAGCUAAAAUCAUCCAAGCACUUACAAGAAAGUUUCAACUUGACCCGUCGGUCGACCUCGGCAGAAUCGCAGAAACCUGUCCAUUCACUUAUACGGGAGCAGAUUUCUACGCUUUGUGCUCCGAUGCCAUGCUGAACGCCAUGACUAGAACUGCUGGUGCAGUGGAGAAGAAGAUCAAUGAAUACAAUUGUAACCGUGAAGAAGGAGAUAAGAUUAGCACGCGGUUCUGGUUUGAUAACAUUGCAAAGCCCGAGGAUACACAAGUACUGGUUAAAUCUGAAGACUUUGCCAAAGCCAGAGAUGAACUGGUCCCGUCAGUUUCGGCAGAAGAGCUCCAGCAUUAUCUGUCCGUGCGCGAGAACUUUGAAGGAGGCAAGACCCAAGACGUUAUGCAUACAGUACCUGAUGGGGCGGACAUCAUAAUCUCACAUGACUAGUGUUUAAUUGAAUAUGGUAAUCGACUUGAUUAG